AUGGAUGACACGCGUAGUCGAACAAAUAAGCUUUUUUCUUGCUGUAAAAAUAGAAAUGCCUGCAACGCUGAUCUUAAAAUGAACGACUCGGCUCAAUCCAACGCUUUUUCGUUAAUUAAAAGAUCCGAAAAUCCUCAGGGCCAAACAUCUUAUCAGCAUGAAUUGGACUUUAAUGUACCCAAGAACUGGAAGAUUAACUCUUCUUUUGGGCCAGAGAUUCUUAUUAGGAAUGGAUCAAAUUCAAUACCAGAUAACUUUCAUAAAUUUUCCGACCAAAAUUCCCCUCAUAAUCAACUUAACGGCUUUCAGAUUCUAUCGAUUUUUGUUCCCUCUGUAAUUAUGAUUGGAAUAAUUGCUAUUUUUCUCCUAACAAAAUGUACUCUCCCCAUUUCCUUUCCGAAGAAAUACAGAAAGUGGAAAUUCUGCUUUACUUCAGUUCAAUCAAAAGUGUCCAUAGACCCUUCUUCUGUAGCAUCAACUAGGUCGACAAACUUGCAAGACAGCCAAUCUUUUUCUUCCUCGCAAAUCGCUCGUAGUAAAGUGCAGCAAGGAAGAAUCUUGAUUCAUAAACUUGAGAAUGUAAAGUUUUUAUCAGAAAAUCACCAUUCACUUAAUUUUACAGCUAUAUAUGAAGAAGAGCCAAUUAAUCUACGACUCCUACCUCCAGCAAAUUCAUCUCGUUCUUUGAUGUUAUGGAAGCGUCUAGUGGGUAUCCAUGAACGAUGUGUUCUCCGACAUUCUAAUCUCAGUGGCAUCACAGCAGCUGACGUGUGUUUGCUCAGCGAACUACGGCGUUCUUAUUCUGAAAAUAGACCUUUAUCAUCUACCUGGUUUUCACCCAAUACUAUCUGCGCAUUCACAGUUGAAGAGUAUCACCCUUGGGGAUCUUUUACGAAUAUCCUUCUUCAAAAUUCUCAAAUGGGAUUGCCUUCUUCAAUUAGGUCAUCUUCCCACUUUGCCCUGUGUGUUAUCAGAGGUAUUGUGAAUGGGGUUACGUUUCUACAUACAGUCCCACAAGAAACAUAUGCUAUCCGAAGUAUUUCGGCUUUUGAAAUGAACAAUUCUACUGGAGUUGAUCUUUAUCCAAACGUUAGAAUUCUCUUCAUGGUCUCUCGAGAUGUCGAUUAA